AGGGGCAGUUUACUAUGGCAGGGUGUAUGUGUUCAUGCGAUGGAAUGUCUUUGUUUCCUGGGUUCGGGAGACAACAAAGCUGAGGAGAUAGUGUUAGGGGGUAGUUUUAUUGCUGGCUGUGUGAGCUAGUUCCUGUUUUAGCAGGGGUACAUAAGAUGACUUGAGUCAGGCAGAUUAGUUGAGCGCUGUAUAAUAUAUGAGCUAUGUGUAUGAAUAUUUAACAUUAGCAAACGCUAGCUAACAACCUCAACGAAUGAACAUUCAACCCUGCUGAUAAGUCAGUCCGACACAGCUGUGACUCUAGCUUGCAGAUAGCCACCCCAGUACUAUCACAACAUCUUCAUGUUCAAACCAGUUGCCACUUAGUCAUGUAUGUAUUGAAAGGAGGACACCCUGAAACGGACACUUCUCUCAUCCUCUCACUGUCACUGGCGGAGCUGUCCAAACAACUGAAGGGUGGAUCAUUAACUCCAGAAGCUGUGUUCCACUCAUAUGUGGAAAAGACAUUGGAGGUGAAUAGGAGACUGAACUGUUGCACUGAGGUCCUGCUGGAGAGUUGGGAUCAGCUGGAGGAUAUUGGCUCUCACAAGGAUGGUCUCCUUUAUGGAGUCCCUGUCAGCAUCAAGGACAAUAUUGGAUAUAAGGGUCAUGACUCUACGUGUGGCGUGAUCUGUAAGUUGGACCUUCCUGCCACAGGGGACAGUGUGCUGGUUGAAGUGCUGAAGAAACAAGGUGCCAUUCCCUUCGUCAAGACCAACGUACCCCAAAGCCUGCUCAGCUACGACUGCGGUAAUCCCAUCUACGGUCUGACUCUGAAUCCCCAUAACCCUCAAAAGACGCCCGGGGGUUCAUCGGGCGGGGAGGGAGCGCUGAUCGGAGGAGGGGGCUCGGUCCUGGGCAUGGGCUCUGACAUUGGGGGCAGCAUACGCAUCCCUUCAUCCUUCUGUGGGAUCUGUGGCUUUAAACCCACGGCCAACAGGCUAAGUUCGCGAGGUGCUUCCUCCUGUAGCCGGGGCCAAAAGUCAGUGCUGUCGUCCUUUGGGCCCAUGGCAAGGGACGUGGAUGGCCUGGCUCUCUGUAUGCAAGCUCUGCUCUGUGACCACAUGUUCAGACUGGACCCUACUGUUCCCCCAAUCCCAUUCAACCAACAGGUAUACCAACGUUCCAAGCCCCUGAGGAUCGGGUACUAUGAGAAUGACGGCUAUGCCAUGCCCUCUCCAAGCAUGGGCCGAGCCCUGAGGGAGACCAAGGCAUUGUUGGAGAGCGCAGGGCACACGUUGGUUCCCUUCAGUCUCCCCAGGCUGAGCUAUGCCAUGCAUGAGCUGGUUCUCAGGGGUUUCUCAGGCGAUGGAUGCGCUACCAUGCUCAGCAACCUGAAAGGAGGGCCUGUCGACCCGUCUCUGCGGGUUCAGAUUAUUUCGUACGAUUUACCUCGCACUGUGAAGAAAAUUCUAUCCAUUCUGAUCAAGCCCAUAUUUCCUCGUAUAGGUGCCUCUAUGGAAAGCCUGUGUGGAGCUAGCUCUGUGCAAGACCUGUGGAGACAGCAUGCGGAUGUGGAGGACUACAUGCACGAGGUGAUGGGAGAGUGGAGAAGGUGUGAGCUGGACGUGCUGCUCUGUCCCAUGAUGGGUCCCGCCUACAACCAUAACUACCCUGGGAAACUCACCAGUGCGGUAUCCUACACCAUUAUGUACAAUCUCCUUAACUUUCCUGCUGGUGUGGUCCCUGUCUCCACGGUAACAGCAGAGGACGAGGAGGAACUUAGGCACUACAAGGGCAACUAUGGGGACCUCUGGGACAAGCUCUACAGAAAGGCGGUGACUGGUGGAGAGGGGCUGCCGGUGGCUGUACAGUGUGUGGCCCUGCCCUGGCAGGACGAGCUCUGUCUGCGCUUCAUGAGAGAGGUGGAGAGGCUGUACAGAGAGAAGAAGAAAUGAGAGAGCGAGAGAGAUGAAGAAAAGAGCGAGCGAGAGAGAUGAAGAAAAGAGCGAGCGAGAGAGAUGAAGAAAAGAGCGAGCGAGAGAGAUGAAGAAAAGAGCGAGCGAGAGAGAUGAAGAAAAGAGCGAGCGAGAGAG